AUGCAACUUCCUCGUCCAACAACAUUUACUGUGAUUUCAGACACGCACAACUUUCAUCAAUUUGUUCAAAUCCAACCCACCGACUUUUUAAUAAUUUGUGGGGAUAUUACUCGCCGAGGAAAAGGAGUCGAUUCCUUUGUUAAUUGGAUUAAAUCACAACAAGUUGGGAAUACUUUUCUUAGUCUUGGGAACCAUGACAUGUCCGCACAGACCGAAAUUUGUACUCAAGUCCGCAGUAUCAAAAAUCUUCAUCUUCUUCUUAAUGGACAAAUCACCAAUUUUGGCGGUUUCCAAUUUGUGGGAAUACAAUACCACUGCCCACCUCCACUCAAUUUAUCACGCGUUUUAGACCCUCAUAAGCCACUUAUUUGUGUCUCGCACGAACCCCCAUUCGGAAUAUUAGACUACGGACUUAGGUGGAGACAACUCAUUCAUGGCGGUGUAUUUCACGCCGGCUCUAAACGUCUUCGAAACUUUGUUGAUACCACUCCCCCACUACUCCAUUGCUUCGGGCACUGUCACUCAUCGCGAGGCGUUCUUCAUAAAAAUGGAACUUUCUUUGUCAAUGCCUCUGUAACAGACGAUUUUGGUCAAAUGAAGAACCCACCAAUUACUUUUAAAUUUGACGGUAAAAAGUUUGAACCUACAAAUGAGUACAACACAGUCACUCUUUCAAAGUUUAUUAAAGAACUUACUUCGGGUGUUGUAUAUAAAAAGGUAAAUAAAAAAGUGUUCCAGUCGAACAACAAAAGUGCUUUUAAUACUUUGUAA